AUGGCACUCUUCAAGAUUGUGUUCUCUUUGCUGCUGCUGGCUGCUGCAGAGGAGUGCGACAACUCUGAGCGUGAUGAGGUGCAGCUCCUGCAAGCCCAGGAUAAGGGCAGAGAGAUUCAGCCAGAUUGGACCAAGAUCGUCGAUGCUGCCAAAACUGCAGUGAAUUCAGGCAUUGGAAAGGUGACCACCCAAUUGUCUGAUGCUCUCGACACUGCGAACACGAAAAUUCUGGCUGCUGGCACAAAGUUCAAUCAAUCCGUGGAGAAAUUCGAAUCCAAAGCCAAUGCAAACUUCACCGUGAGCCAGAACCUUUCAGCGUUCAAGAGUCUUAUCGAUGCCAAUGUCAAGCAGUUCGUCCCGUCCUACAACACGACCCUGAAACAGGUCACAACUGGACUUGCAACCACCAAGACCGUUAUGGGAGCAAUGGGCCAGAAGGAGUUGGCAGAGAAAUUGGAGAAAUUAGAGGGCACUGUCACCGACAAUUUGAGAGCCCUGGCGGAUUCAACCCAGGCCAUGGCGCAAGAUAUGACACAGGCUACAGCAGAUAACUAUGGUGACUACUUUGCCACAAUGAAGAAGAAGUUGCAAUUUAUCUCUUCAACCAGUGCCUCUUUCAAGAGCACCUUCGAGUCACAGUUGGAGGCCUUCUCAGGUGCCUUGCUCGGACCCUUGGAGGACGCAAAUGAUGUAUAA